UCGCUUCCUCAUAAUAAAAAUCUGACUACUCUCACAUAGGAACACCCACAGCCUUUCCUCUCUCUUCCCAUGGGUCUUUGCUUUGCCUUGCCUUUUUCUCUCGGUAUAAAAAAAAGAGCGAAAAAUAAUGGCGGUUAGGUGUUCAUUGAUUGAGCCAAGAGAGAGAGAGAGAGAGAGAGAGCAGCAGUAGCAGCAGCUAGCAGAACCAUCACCUCCGCAACUAGCACUAUUUCAGUUACUGGAAACAACUGCCCAAACCCAUAAAAUCCUCUCCAUAUGCGUAAAAAUAUCAUACAUGUCUUUAUAUGAUUAUAGCUAUAUAUAUAUGUGAAGAUCUUAAUAUAUGUUUAAAGUGUCUGCUGCCGUUGUUGUUGCAUGCUCAUGUGGCCUUCAGCUUGCUCUAAAAUGUUCUGUACUUGAGUUACUAACUUGUACUAUUUUGGGUUUUGCCCGUGUAAUAAGAUCUGGGUUUUUUGGAAAAUUUCUAAGGGAAGUAAUAUUUGGUACUUUCAAGUGAGAUCUACUUCUGUUUUGCGAGUUCGGGAUUUUGGGUCUUACUGCGUCUGUUCUCAAGUGCUUGGUUCUGGAGCCUUUCUCAUCUUAUUGCUGAAAUCAUUGGCUCACUGUUUGGUUGGUUCUCUGGAGAAGCACGCGUGGGGGAAUGCUGGCUGGGAUGUGGGGUUCCAUUUGUUGAAGAUUUGUGUGGUUUAAGAGCUUUUUGUCAGUGAUUAGUGAAGUUGGGGGUUGUGGGUGAAGAAAAUAGCAAGCGGAUGUGGCUGAAAUCGAUCUUGUUUUGUAGCAACACCGGCUUCGUUGAAGAUUCAAGAAGAGGGGUUUUGGUGUGGUUGUUAGUUUUCCAAUGAAGUUUCACAUUGAAUAUCAUUUGACUGAUGCGUUUUAUUGAAGGUUAGACACCAAAAUUUGGCAAUCUGGAUUGGUUUUUGAAGGGGGAGGAAAAAGGUAAAGGUAUGGUAUUGUGUGAGAAGAAACCAGGGAAGAGAGUAAUUGUUGAGUGGUUUGGUUGGGGUUUAAUUGGUGUCGGUAAGAGUGGGUUUUUUGGGAUCUUCUCGUUGUGGGUCUAGACUUGGUUUUGAAGGCGUUAUUAAAUCUGUGAUAAUGAGGCUCUCUUCAGCUGGUUUUAGUCCACAGACCCAGGAAGGGGAGAAAAGGGUUUUGAAUUCUGAACUUUGGCACGCAUGUGCGGGUCCUCUUGUUUCUCUGCCUGCUGUUGGAAGUCGUGUUGUUUAUUUCCCCCAGGGUCACAGCGAGCAGGUUGCUGCGUCAACUAACAAGGAAGUGGAUGCCCAUAUUCCUAACUACCCAAGCUUACCUCCACAACUUAUCUGUCAACUUCACAACGUGACCAUGCAUGCAGAUGUUGAGACGGAUGAAGUGUAUGCACAGAUGACCUUACAGCCAUUGAGUCCUCAAGAACAGAAGGAUGCCUACCUUCCCACUGAAUUGGGCACUUCCAGCAAACAGCCAGCAAAUUAUUUUUGUAAAACUUUGACAGCCAGUGAUACAAGUACUCAUGGAGGAUUCUCUGUCCCUCGCCGGGCAGCUGAAAAAGUGUUUCCUCCACUGGACUUUUCCCAACAACCUCCAGCUCAAGAGUUGAUUGCUAGGGAUCUACAUGAUAACGAAUGGAAAUUCAGGCAUAUCUUUCGUGGCCAGCCCAAAAGGCAUCUUCUAACAACAGGGUGGAGUGUGUUUGUAAGUGCUAAAAGACUUGUCGCUGGGGAUUCAGUCCUUUUUAUCUGGAAUGAAAAGAAUCAAUUGUUACUUGGUAUCCGACGUGCUAGUCGUCCUCAAACUGUGAUGCCUUCAUCAGUCUUAUCAAGUGACAGCAUGCACUUGGGGCUUCUUGCUGCUGCAGCUCAUGCAGCUGCAACAAAUAGCCGUUUCACAAUAUUUUACAAUCCAAGGGCUAGCCCAUCGGAAUUUGUCAUACCAUUGGCCAAGUAUGUUAAAGCAGUCUAUCAUACCCGGGUUUCUGUUGGUAUGCGCUUUAGAAUGCUAUUUGAAACAGAAGAAUCAAGUGUCCGCCGCUACAUGGGUACAAUAACUGGCAUAAGCGACUUGGAUUCUGUUAGGUGGCCUAAUUCACAUUGGCGCUCAGUCAAGGUUGGCUGGGACGAAUCCACAGCUGGAGAGAGGCAACCAAGGGUUUCCCUAUGGGAAAUUGAGCCAUUAACAACGUUCCCAAUGUAUCCUCCAUUCCCUCUAAGGCUUAAGCGCCCUUGGCCACCUGGACUGCCCUCAUUCCAUGGAAUCAAGGAUGAUGAUUUGGGAAUGAAUUCACCCCUUAUGUGGCUGCGAGGUGAUGGAGAUCGUGGAAUUCAAUCUAUGAACUUUCAGGGACUAGGAGUAACACCAUGGAUGCAGCCACGAGUUGAUGCUUCCAUGCUUAGUUUGCAAACUGAUAUGUAUCAAGCUAUGGCUGCUGCUGCACUUCAGGAGAUGAGGGCUUUUGAUCCUUCCAAGUCAUCAACUGCAUCCCUUUUGCAAUUCCAGCAACAUCCUAAUCUCCCAAGAACUGCUGCUUUGAUACCACCCCAGAUGCUGCAGCAGUCACAGCCUCAACAGGCCUUUCUUCAAGGUGUUCAAGAAAACCAACAUCAGCCCCAGUCUCAGGCUCAAACACAGUCUCACCUUAUUCAGCAACAGUUGCAUCACCCUCACUCACUUAAUAGUCAACAGCAACAGCAGCUGCCACAACAGCAGCAAUUGGUUGAACAUCAACAGAUUCCUAAUGUUGUCUCUACAAUAUCUCAAUUUCCUUCAGCCUCUCAAUCCCAGUCACCACCAUUACAAGCCAUCUCUUCCCUGUGCCAACAGCAGAGUUUUUCCGACUCAAAUGGGAACCCUGUGACAAGCUCUGUUGUUUCUCCUUUGCAUAGUCUCAUGGGUUCAUUUUCCCAGGAUGAAUCAUCUCAUUUGAUGAACCUGCCUAGAACCAAUCCAUUGGUAACUUCUUCUGGCUGGCCAUCAAAGCGAGCUGCUGUUGAACCUCUUAUUUCUUCUGGAGCUCCACAAGGUGUUCUACCCCAAGUACAACAGUUGGGGCCCCCUCAGACAAACAUCUCUCAGAGUUCUGUUUCCUUGCCACCCUUCCCUGGUAGGGAGUGUUCGAUGGACCAAGAAGGUGGCACUGAUCCACAAAGCCAUCUUCUAUUUGGUGUCAAUAUAGAGCCUUCAUCUCUUCUACUGCAGAAUGGAAUGUCGAGUCUUAGGGGUGUUGGUAGUGAUAGUGAUUCCACAAAUGUGCCCUUCUCUUCUUCAAAUUACAUGGGCAAUGCAGGCACUGAUUUCUCACUUAAUCCAGCAAUGACACCGUCAAGUUGUAUUGAUGAAUCAGGUUUCCUGCAGUCCCCGGAAAAUGUGGGCCAAGUAAACCCACCAACUAGAACCUUUGUUAAGGUUUACAAGUCAGGGUCCUUCGGUAGGUCACUAGACAUUACCAAAUUCAGCAGUUACAAUGAAUUGCGGAGUGAGCUUGCUCAUAUGUUUGGCCUUGAAGGCCAGCUGGAGGACCCCCUGAGAUCAGGCUGGCAGCUUGUAUUUGUUGACCGUGAGAAUGAUGUUCUGCUCCUUGGUGAUGACCCCUGGCCGGAAUUUGUAAACAGUGUGUGGUGCAUCAAAAUACUCUCACCACAAGAAGUGCAGCAAAUGGGCAAACGUGGCCUAGAGCUUCUGAACUCAGUCCCAAUUCAGAGGCUUUCCAAUGGCAGUUGUGAUGAUUAUGCAAGCCGGCAGGACUCAAGAAAUUUGAGCACCGGUAUAACUUCUGUGGGGUCUUUGGACUACUGAGAAAUUUAACCAGUUAAGACACCAUUUUCUCUUUUGUAAUAUUAGUUUCUCUUUGGAUCCUUCCAGAGGUGGGAGGUACUGCCUAAUCCGGGCUUAAAAGUUUAUAUAUAUAAGUUAUUACUGUAAUUAGAAGAUGCUGUUCCUUGUUACUAUGCUAUUGAAUACAUACAAUCCAUAAUUAGUAGGAGACAAUUUGUGGACUUA